AUGAAUACCAACACCUCUGCCCCAGGUUCUGAACUUCCCAAGUACUCCUGCCGUACCCAAGAGGAUACGGAUCCAAGCUUUGGUCCCGCUCCUAUUUCCAAUCUCGAGGGUACUACUGGUGACAACGCACCUGAUAAGCCCGAUUCCCUCGUCCUCGGUUUCGGACCCAUCGUGCCACGCUGGGACGUCACACCAUCCAAUGGCACAAACCUCCAGUACUUUGUGAAAUUGGACACUUUUCCAGAUGAAGACAAGGCAAAGGUUGCAGCCAAAGAAUUCCAAGCUGCUGCUGAUUCCUGGGCCAAACUCAGAAUUGGCCUUACCUUCUCUCAAACCACUGAUCGAGAGAGCGCAAACUUCUACCUCGUAUAUCAAGCCAACACGGAGUUUGACGCGGGAUCGCUAGCUCAGGCAUUCUUCCCGCACGAGAUUGAUCAGGAUGUGAUUGUUUUCUCAGAUGCCUUUGAGGGGGAUAAUACAUCUAUCUUGAAGGAAAUCUUCCAGCAUGAAAUCGGUCACAUCCUCGGUCUUCGACACGAAUUUGCCAUUGUCCCUGAUGACAAGGGCAACGGGCCCGAGGGGUUUGGUGCUAAGCAAUUCUUGGGGAAGAACCCCAAAUCUGUCAUGAGCUACAACAUACCCCCCAAGAUUCAAGAUAGCGAUCGCACUCAAACUGUUGAGUUCUACAAGUUGCCCAAUGGAUAUAUGAUUGGCAGAAGUCCUGUUACGGACUUUCAGCCCAAGAUCCGUAGGAAGGACUGA